AUGGUGGCCAGCCAACGCCUGGCCAUGGGCAACGGUUCGAUAAAAGCCCCACGGGCUGAGGAGAACAGCUGCCUGGCCUCCACCCAUGGAGAACCCCCCAACUGGGGCACCGAGCCCCUGAGGUUACGGAUCGCCCAUCUCGAGGAGGAGUUGGCACGCCGGAACCAAGAGUUUCGUGCCCAAGAGCUUCAGCUGCAGCAUCUCCAGAGGGAGCUGGAGGUCAAGAUCUCUCAGAUCGACAAGCUCCAAGAUGCCAUCGGCUACAACAACAACCUGGGCCGCUCGCCGCCUGCGCCAGGCCACCACAGCCACCGCCUGCUCAGCGUCAUCAACCAGGGUCCGAGCCGCUUUCACAGGGUGGCUGUGGAGGUGCACCGCAGGCUCAAAGCCAAGGAGGGCGUCUCUGCCGAGCCCACCUCCGACAACUUCUGUGGAGCAUUUAGAUCCCCACACAUGUCCACGGAGAGGGCCUCUGUUCGCAAAGACUCCCAUACCAAGAAGCUCAUCAACGAUGCCAUCAUGAACAAUGACUUUCUGAAGAAGCUGGAGCCGCAGCACAUGAGGGAGAUGGUGGACUGCAUGUACGAGAGGGUUUACACCGAGGGCCAGCUCGUCAUCCAGGAGGGUGAACCGGGAAACUAUCUCUACGUUCUUGCAGAGGGUUUGCUGGAGGUCAGUCAGAAUGGGAAGCUGCUGGGGGAGAUGCGUCCUGGGACGGCGUUUGGAGAACUGGCCAUACUGUACAACUGUAAACGCACAGCUACUGUGAAAGCUGUGUCCCAGGCUCACAUCUGGGCACUGGACCGUCAGACCUUCCAGACUAUCAUGAUGCGGACCACCCAGGCCAGACAUGAAGAGUACUUCAGCUUCCUACGCAGUGUGUCUUUACUCAGAGAACUACCUGAGGAGAAACUGGCCAAGAUUGUUGACUGUCUUGAAGUUGACUACUUUGAUAAAGGGGAAUAUAUCAUUCGAGAGGGUGAAGAGGGGAACACUUUUUUCAUUAUCGCAAAAGGAGAGGUAUCAGUCACUCAGACCACAGAGGGCUUUACUGAACCACAGGAAAUCAAAAUCCUUGGGGUCGGAGACUACUUUGGAGAGAAAGCCCUCAUCAGUGAGGACGUACGCUCAGCCAACAUCAUCUGCAAUGAGAACGACACACAGUGCUUGGUGGUGGACAGAGACAACUUCAACCAGAUGGUGGGAACCUAUGAGGAGCUCCAGGCGUACCUUAAACAAUAUGUGGAGGAGCUUUCCCGCAGUGAUGAGAGGAGACAUGCUCUACCGCAGUCCCCACAGAUUGAUUCUGCAGAUGCCCAGGAGCUGAGGAAGCUGAGGGAAAGGACAGCGCUUUUGCCUUCACACCAACCUUUUCAGGAGCUUGAGGUCGUAGCCACACUGGGCAUGGGAGGAUUUGGACGAGUGGAGCUGGUAAAGCUGAAGGAUGAGAGCAUCACAUUUGCUCUUAAGUGCGUCAAGAAGAAACACAUUGUGGACACCAGACAACAGGAACACAUCUACUCUGAGAAGAACAUCCUUCAGCAAACCAACUCACAGUUUAUAGUCAGGCUGUUCAGAACAUUUCGGGAUGCUAAGUUUGUCUACAUGCUGCUGGAAGUGUGUCUCGGUGGGGAGCUGUGGAGUGUGCUACGGGACAUGAGUUUCUUUGAUGAGCCCACAGCCAGAUUUUGUACUGGCUGUGUCUUAGAGGCCUUUGAUUACCUCCACACCAGGGGCAUCGUCUAUAGAGACCUAAAACCUGAAAACCUCUUAUUGGAUGCUAAAGGUUACGUCAAAAUGGCAGAUUUUGGCUUUGCUAAGAGGAUUGGCCUAGGGAAGAAGACCUGGACCUUCUGCGGGACUCCGGAGUAUGUGGCCCCAGAAGUCAUUAUGAACAAAGGACAUGAUUUUGGCGCUGAUUGCUGGUCCCUGGGCAUCCUCAUUUUUGAGCUACUGACUGGCAACCCACCCUUUGCUGGCUCAGACCCUAUAAAGAUCUACACCAUGGUCCUGCACGGCAUUGAGAAGGUGGAUUUUCCAAAGAGAAUAGGAAAGCGUCCGGACGACCUUAUCAGGAGACUCUGCAAGCUCAACCCUGUGGAGAGGCUUGGAAAUAAGAAAAAUGGCAUCAUUGACAUCAAGAAGCACAAGUGGUUCCAGGGCUUCAACUGGGAGGGUCUGAGGCAUCAGAAGCUCCUGUCCCCGCUGAGGAGAGAGGUGAAGGGGCCGAUGGACCACAGUCAUUUUGACAUGUUCCCUCCUGAUGUUGAGGAGCCGCCAGACGAGCUGUCUGGCUGGGAUAAGGACUUCUGA